GAGACACAACGUGUGGAGGAGCCGGGUGCUGGCUCGGCUGGCUUGGGUGGCUCCCGCACUCGCGAGCAGCAUCCAGUUUGCCCCCGAUCUUCUGUUCGAAAGUCGAAGAAGUCUCCGGGCGCCACAAGCACCCCUCGUGGUCAGCCAGAGCCGAAGAUGUCCCAGCAGGAUGUCAAGGCCCCUGAUCGGUUUGGCCCCGGUGAUGUUCCAAAGCCGGAGAAGUCCCAGCAUCUCAAGGCCCCUGAUCGUCCUAUCACGGGUACGGCUGAUGUUCCAAAGCCAAAGAAGUCCCAGCAUCUCAAGGCCCCUGAUCGUGUUAUCACGGGUACGGCUGAUGUUCCAGAGCCAGAGAAGUCCCAGCAGGAUCUCGAGGCCCCUGAUCGUGGUAGCACGGGUACGGGCGAUGUUCCAAAGCCGGAGAAGUCCCAGCAGGAUCUCAAGGCCCCUGAUCGUGUUGUCACGGGUACGGGCGAUGUUCCAGAGCCGGAGAAGUCCCAGAAGCAGGAUCUCAAGGCCCCUGAUCGUGGUCCCGGUGAUGUUCCAGAGCCGGAGAAGUCCCAGCAGGAUCUCAAGGCGCCUGGCCGUGGUAGCCCCGGUGAUGUUCCAGAGCCGGCAAUGACCAUGCAGGAUGGAGCUACCCCUGAGAGUCGCCCUGGCGAUGUUCCAAAGUCAGGCCCACGACACCUGGACUCGCAGAGCACGGUGGGCUGUCUUCCGGAAUCAUCCAAGGCCUCGCCGACAAGAGCAGAGAAGAUCUGUGCUAGUUUAGUGCAGGAAGGUUUGCCAGAGCCGGAAGAUGCAAGUGCAGCUAGUCAGCUGCCACCCCUCGUCGAGUAUGUCUUCGGGAAGAUGGGUGAGAAAGCUGCAGGGCUGAACGAGGUAGCGAGAGCCUCCUUGGUACUGAAGUGGACCAGGUCUGUCGGCGGCUUGACUAUGGAUCCGGCUGCAGCCUUCGCAACAGUGGACAAGAAGCAUGGCGGUCAGGCGGCUACAUUGCACAUGUCUGCUGUUGACUUCUCAAAGAAGCAGACCCUCAUGGAGACAACUUACAAGGACUUUGACAAAUACGUGAAAGUGAUAACGAGCCUCGGCGAGGCAAAACGUGCACAGCUCAAUGGGGACGACCUGGGUGGCAACUUGGCUUCUCAGUUGGACAAGAUAAAUGCUUGGGUGCAGGGCAAGCUUAAGGACAAGCAGGACAAUAUGGAGCAAGUGAAGGAUGAGCUGCAACAGGCUGAGAUGAGCUUCUCCACUGCCCUCGCGAAUCUGCUGGAAUCUGUGGAGGAUGAGCACUACAGCCGCUUCGCAAGCCAGGACACUUCGAUCACCGACGACCUGGAGGCUCAGCUCCAGGCCCUUUUGAUUCAGGCACACGGCCCCGACGGUGCCGCCGGAUGCCGAGCCAGCCCUGCACCUGGGAAUGACAGUGUUCCUCUGCUUGCAGUGAAAGACGAGGUCCCCGGCCACGAGCUCGAGCCACAGCAUUCCCUGGCGCCAGCAGGAUCCAUUCCGGUCGAAAGCAAGGCACCACCACCGGCCACCCCGAAGCCGGAGCCCGAAGACACCGAAGAGGAUGAGGCCGCUGCAAAGGAGCUCAAGCGACAGCAGCACAAUGCCCGGGUGACCUUCGAUCGGCGGAUUAAGAGUGCUGACUGUCCCCCUCAGAUCCUCGAGAAGGUCCAGUCCUUCAAGGGCCAGCCGAAUCGUCUGAAGCUCAUGCAAGCUUUGUUCCACGACUGGCACAAGAACAACGGCGACUGGACACGAACGGCUGCUUAUCAGGAGUCCGAGAGGAAGACGAGUGAGGAAUCGAAAGGAAAACAAAAAAUGAUAAGCUUCAAGGCACUCAAGGAGAAGUACGGCAAGAAGUCGGCAGAGAGGAUCCGGGACAACAAGAAGCAGCUAGAGCAGUUGCGGGACGAGAAAGUGGAUCCCCGCCCGUUCUGGUUCAAGCACCCGGACUGGGAAAUGUUCAGGUGUUUUGACUCUCUCGAGUUCGAACUCAAGGACGUCUCCUCCUCCACUGUUGGGUUCUCUAGCCGGGUCACCCUGGGAGGUGAAGCCACGUCACAGCUUGCGAGCACGAUCAAUGACAUGGCUAUGCAGCCCGGGGCAAACCGUGCGGCUUUCGGCCUCGGCAAUCCUGGUGCUCUGCAGGCAUCCCGCUCGACGGAGUCCUUGCCUGCACAGGAGCACACGAAGCAGCAGGCGAAGAAGGUCAAUGCAUUUUCCCUCACCCGCAAGCUCAACAGCAAGAUUCAGGCAAUUGCUGCAAGGCAAACAGAGAUCUUCGUUUGGUGCCGGAAGAUCGCGGAAUCCCAGGCCGAAGCCAUGUCGGAGAAGACGAAGGAGGGCUUCAACGACCAGUUGGAAGCCAAGAGGGCAGAGUUCGAUUCACUCAAGAGCAAGAUGGAGGCCCUCUACAGCAGCUGCAGCAAUGUGCAGGACAAAGACCUGACGACUGAGCAGCAAGCGGACAUAGCGACCUACUUGCAGACUGCUGAGACAUUGUCAACAGAUUUCGUUGGCUCUUUGCGGCCAAUGAAGCUGACAUUGGAACCUUGGAUUAUUUCGAUUAUGUAUAUUAUAUCCCGUGAUCUCGCGAGAGCAAGGACAUCGCCCAUGUUCAACCACUUGAUGCGAGCUGUUGGCCGUGGUGCAUCCUUUACGAGUGCCCGCGAUUCUGCACAUGCGAUGAAAGAGGAGAUGGCCAACUAUGGCAUCAAGAUGACCGGCCGGUGUGCAAAGCUGGAGGUUCCCAUCGAUAUGGUGGACGUGCCGAUCAAACCUGAGAAGGGCAAGCUGAAGAUGAUCACAAAGCCACUUGCCAUCGGAGCACGGUUCAGAUCUUCGUGUCGAGAUUGUGCCCAUAAUGGUCCCGGUUGUAAUAAUUGUCAUGGCUUCGAUUCCGGGGCAUGCAUGGUCUUCAAAUAUCCGAUUGGUGCACACUAG